AUGGCGCCCCUCGCUGAGGCAUUUGCCCUCGGAGUGUCUCCACCCUGCCUGCCUUCAUCCAGGCUCGCCUCAAAGCCUAGGCGGACAAUGCACGAAGCUUCGGAGCCAGGCAUGCUGCCGUCGGCCCUCUCAGCAGCACCAUUCCUGGUGGCGGGCGCUGUGGUCCAGCGCAAGAUCCAGGUCUUCGCUGGAGUUGCUCGUCGGAGGCGGAUGGCAAGCGCUGGGGCGGCCGUCGCCAUGAGGGUGACGCCGCAGGAAGAGCCGAACGUGGCACAAGAGGCCGAAGCUACUCAGGAAACGCCCCCCACUCCUGGCACGGACGACAACAGUGCUGCUUUGUCCCAGCGGCUGCGGCAGCGGCUCGCUUCUACAAUUGCGGACCAGGAGGCCCAAGUGGAGGCUGUGCCAACCGAGGAUCAGAAGCGGAUUGUUCAGCAGGAGGUGGACCUGAAUGGUAUCGAUCCGACAGCCUGCUUUGUAGGGGCAGCGCCUGUCGCUGCGUUGAGCUACGGCUUCUGGACCUUCACGUCGCGAUCGGCCGAGUGGUUCUACAAUCACCCAGUGGAGAGCGAUUUCUACCCCGUUCAGCGGCUGGGGUUUGUCUUCCAAGCCGCCGUGGUCGGUCUGGGUGCCGAGAUGCUGGCGGGUAUGAAGCUGCGUCCUGUGGCGGUAGGGUUGCCCGCUGUGAUAACCUAUGGACGUCCCUGCGCAUAUAGGCAGAUGGAUGGAGCUGCCUUCUUUAAUUAA